GAACUUAGUAUUGUCGAAUAUCCAAAACACGGUGUAAUACUCCUCAAAGGAUAUGCAGCUGAACGAUUUUCCUACAACGAUAUUUUAUCGUCAAACGUUAUCUACAAGCACGACGACAGCGAAACUUUCGAGGAUACUGUUUGUUUAAAAGUACAUGUUAAAUCUAAAAAAAUUGUUUUCAACAACACAGAUAAAGUAUAUAAAAUUUCGAUACACAUAAUACCUCUCAAUGAUCCACCAAAUUUACGGCCUGGCUGGCGUGGUAGCAUAUUACGAGUUGCUGAUGGCGGAAGGAUGGUCUUGGAUGAUGAAACAAUUAUGCUGUCAGACGUCGAUAAUGAUCCAGAUGCUGUACGGGUUUCAGUAAUUUCUGCAAAAGGUGUACGUCUAGAAAGUGCUGAAGAGCAGAAUGUAGUUGAAUUUUCUCAACGAGAAUUUUUGAAUCGUAAGAUACGUUUGGUACACCUUGGAGAAAAUGAACACUGUGAACUUCUUCUUUCUGCAAAAGAUAGAGAAAAACGAUCUUCAGCAUUAAAUUUAACUGUUCUUCCUGUUCCUGUGAAGAUUAUUUCAAAAGUUAAUACUGGACUUCGUUUGUUCUAUCUGACGUCUGAAUUAAUUACAUCUUCAAACCUGAGUUUUGCAAUAAAUUGGCCAAACUUUGCUCUCAGAUAUUUAAUCGCAGAGGAACCAAGCUAUGGUUCUGUAGAAUGCAAAAAUAGUGAAGGCAAGUUUCAAAAAUGUCGUGGAUUUGAUCAAGUCGAUAUAGAGCAAAACAGAGUUCGUUAUGUUCAUCAAAGUGAUGCACCACCUCCUAAAGAUUAUUUUACGUUCAAGGUUUUUGCUGGAAACAAACUAUUAAAUGUGAACAACUUUACAAUUGUGUUCAUUCCAUUACGAGUGAAAAUUUUUAUGCAAAAACCAUUUAUAAUCAGUGGUGUCGAAAAACUUGCAAUAAAUCAUCAAAAUUUGUUUACUUGGGAAAUUAAUGAUGGUGACGUGUCUUAUAUGAGUCGCUUUACGGCAAGUCCAGUGGUAAACGAUUUUUUUGAGUUUCGUAUCGUAUAUCCACUGAUAUUUGAGGAAAGCGUUCGCUUUAAUAUUUUGGUGGUUACCGAGCAAGCUUAUCAGUACACUAAUAAAACAAUCAGUUUAGAGGAAGGAGGUACCAUUACGAUGUCUGCUGAUCACUUCAAUUAUGAAACUAGAAACUGUAAAGAUUUCAUCUACACAGUUGAAAAAGGUCCGCAGUUUGGCGAAAUUAUCAAAAGAACUGUCCAUGGAGAUGUUGCUGUUGUUAAAUCUGGAAAUUUUACCUGUAAGGACAUCAAAGAAAAGAGGCAAUGUUUCAGAAUUCGAUAUCGACAUUUGGGUGGCGAAAAUACUGCAGAUAAAGCCUACAUUGUUGCCAACAGCUUAAACGAGAUACAACCAGUUACAGAAGGAGUGGAAGAACAAGCAGUUAAGAUACCAUUCUGGAUUGACUUCAAAAUAAUACUCAAAAAUGAUAAUGAACCUCAGCAAAUCGCCAACUCAGAGCUUCAGAUCAUUGAAGGUGGAAGCCGUCGGCUUUACUGGUAUAUGCUUCCAUGGACUGAUGCAGAUAUUAACUCUGAUCCAUUAGUUUUUAAGAUAUCUGACGACUUUGAAAAUGCUGCAUUUUACGCAAGAAAUAACCCAAACGCGCCAGUCAAAGAAUUUACAUCUGGUGAACUUAUACAUGGUGAUAUCAUCAUCAAGCAUUUCAGAGGCCGUAAAAAAUACUUUGAAAUCAAUUAUUCUGUCACAGAUAAUUCUCAUCUAAAGAAGUCAGUGUUAAAAGUUUCUGCAUCCAAGCCAUUCAUUCGAUUAGCACGGUCGACAAUACACAUUCCACCUGGUAUUCGAUCAGCAAUAAUGCCAGUUACAAAAAACGAGUUGUUAAUUACAACAAAUUUUGAUGCGAAUGAUACAGACAUUAUUUUUCACACUAUGUCAGAUAACUGGCUCACGGCUGAUCGCAUGGAACCAUUAGAUCGUUUCACCCAGGCGCAAAUCAACAGUGAAAAGAUAUUAUACCGCUUUGGAUCGGCAGGUAAAACUGAGGAACCAAUAGCUGUAAAGAUUUUCAGUCAGGAAAUCAGAGAUUCGUUCAAGGUUCUAAGAGGAAACCCAAAGAAGUUAAGAAUUGUUAUGCAAGAAGUAUCACCACUAACUGUUACAUUUUCUUCUAUGUGCAGAAUUGGUGGCAAAAAUUUGAAAGCUGUUUCCAUCGGUCAUGAUUCAUCAAAGUUGUUAUACGCAGUAGUCAAGGAACCUGAAAACGGAAUGCUUCUGAUUGAGGACAAACAAGAAGCCGUGACAAACAAACAAAUAGAUGGUGACCAUAUGGUAUUCAACUUCUCGCAAGAGGAUGUUGACAAUGGUAGACUGUCAUACUUUCACCAGGACCUUCAAACCUUUAACGAUUCAGUUACUUUCAUCGUUUUUGAUAGUCAUUAUUCUUCUGCACCUUUUACGUUGCCAAUCAAAGUCGUACGUGAAAAGAUUCGGUUACGUGCUUCAAAUUUUUCUGUUCUGAUGAGUGGUAAAGCGUUAUUGAGUGCAGAUAUUAUAACUGCAGUUUCAAACGAAGAUGAGCAUUACAAAUUUGAAGUGGUGCGAAAACCCAAAGCUGGCAAUAUUACCUUUAUUAAUGAUUCUGAUUGUCAAACAAUAUCCUCAUUUACAUCUAUGCACCUUCACAAACAUCUGAUUUACUAUGUCAGCAAUCCGUCUUCUGAAGCAAGGUCAGACUCAUUUGCUGUCGUCGCAUGUGCAGAAAUGCAACGUUGUUCUGAUGAAACCUGGAUUCACAUAGCAAUAAAAAAAGUCAAUUUUCACGGGCCUGUACUGAAAAGAAACGAAGCAAUGGCAUUAGUUAGCAACUCCAAACCGGGCACACUAACAAAUCGCUACUUAUACUCGGAGGACACAGGCGUACCGUCCAAGAACAUAUGGUAUUUGGCAUCGAAUUUCAAAGGCUUUUAUUUGGCACGAGUUGAUGUGCCAAACAAAGAGAUUGUGAAUUUUUCCCAGUACGAAAUUGAUAAUUCAAAAAUAAUAUUUAUCCCAAAAACUGACGACGGUACACCAAUAAGAGGAGGAUUUUCGUUUUUAGUUUCCAACGAACUACACCAAAUAGGGCCUUAUUGGUUUGAAGUAUUUAUCUCCGAUUCCAGCGACUCGUCAACGAUACUUGAAGCUAACAAUCGGCUCGUCGUUCCGCCAUUUAAUCAGUCCUUCUUAAUCACAGCUGAUAUAUUGAGAGCUUACAUCAUGAAUGUAACACCCUCAGACGUGAUAUAUUUAGUGCGUCAGAAGCCUGAGUUAGGUGAACUUUGCCUACAUGGUAUUCCAACUGAAGAAUUUAGUCAGGAUGACAUCAAUUUUCGACGAGUCUCAUAUAAACUUUUGUGCAAAGAAAAUUUACUUGUAAACAUAUCGCGCAAUUCGCGGAGAGGCUUAAUCCAAGCAGUUGACCCAACAAAAACAGAGCUGCUUUUUACUGCUCAAGAGGUCACUUCGGGUCGGGCAGUAAUCUAUUCAGACAUCGACAAAAAUAACGACUUUAUGUAUGAUUCUAUACUGCUAGAAAUUUUUUUGUCAAGUGAAAUUCAAGAAAUACGGAAAAAGUCGAUUCGAGUUGAAUUGCCAAUCAUCUUUUUACGUAACGAUCCUCAGUACCAGGUUCUACGUUUUGCUGAUCAGAUUCGCGUAAUCAGUGGAAGCGAUGUAGUACUUCGAGCUGAUCUUUUUAGCGUCUACCACUUGGGGAAUUCACCGUUUUCUACGGUUUACACUGUCCAACAGAGCGGCAGUAAUGGUGCUGAAAUAAUUGUGGAUGGAAUGCUAGCAAAACGUUUUACACAGGGAGAUGUGAAUGCGAAACGAGUUCGGGUAAGGCAUAAGCAGCAGGUUGAUAACGACGAUCGCUUUGAUGUCUUAGUUUUGGAAGUUGGUGGUCACAUAAAAACCUUAAAAGUAAUUAUUGAGUCGGUUCCACUGUCACUAGUCAACCACACCGAUAUCAUCUAUCCACAAGGGUCGAAGUUUGUAAUAUUAACCAAAGAUAAUCUGGAUAUCAACUGGAAAUCUUACCGAUCAAGAAUAAUGUACAAUAUUACGAGGAAGCCGAAACAUGGGCUGCUUCUUAAAGCUCAGGGCGAGAAAACCGCUGAAGUUUUUUCCCAGAAGGAUAUUGACGAACAGAAAAUUUAUUUCAUUCCUACAAAUUACAGCGCUUAUGAGGAUGAUUUUGAGUUUACAAUCUUCAAUGAAAUGGGUAAAAAAAUUCAAAACCAGUCACGAAUAGUUAUGGCACCGAUCUUCAAACCCCAGAUGUUACGAGUGUCAUCAAACCAACCAGUUUUGAUAACGCCUGAACAUUUAAAUGCAUCAUCACUAAAGGAAAAUUCGCCGUUGUUUACUAUCGUUGAUCCGCCGACCAAGGGCACUUUUGUCAGAGAUGGAAACAAGAGUCUUCCAGUUGAAGCAUUUACAUUUACCGACAUUGAAGACGGUAGAAUUGCGUACCAACCUUCGGAGCUGUAUUAUGGGCUGGUAGAUAAUGCAGAAAUACAAAUUGAUGCUGAUAAUGUUCAAUCGGCAAGAUUCAGAAUCUUUAUCGACAUGGUACAUUACUCAUCAUUUAAACCGGACACAUCAAACGGUGAAAUGUCAACAAAUACAACUUUUCAAGUUGAGGAAACUGUUGGUUCGCUGAGCAAAUAUCUUCCACUCCUAAUCCUUCCAUUUAUUUUUCUCUUUAUUCUAAUCUUCGUGAUUGCAUGCAGACGUCGGUCUGUAAAACAGAAACGAAGAAAAGUCAUUGUUGAACAGAAGCAAAAAGAGUUGGAAUCUAAACUCAACCUUGCUACUGAAGGGCAGCCUGAUUUACUAGAUACGACGGUUUACGCUACAAUUGGACGAAAUCGCACCGAACAGCAAAUGCAGAAGGCAAGACAGAUGCAUUCGUUUGAAUCAACAUCGCAGCCUUCCAAACAGUCAGCAUCAGCUUCAGCUGUCACUGCCACUCCUGACUCCACCUCACAGAACUAUGACGUAACUGUCGUUGGACAUCCUUGUCCUCCAGCUCCAUUGCAAGGCAGUGAACAAUCACAAACUACAAAGCUGAAGCAAAGCCAGUAUUGGGUAUAA